GCCCUUUUUCAUUUCGUCUCGAGAGGUGUGACACGCGGCUGCGCUAUUAUACGUCCUUUUCCCUUUUUUUCCCCUGACGUAGCCUUUGAUUCACCCCCAUCCCGUUCACGCGCGCCUGUUUAUUCACUCUGAAUCGCCGCGUGGCGUCACCGAGCCCUCCAUUAUGACGCCCGCCCUAUUAAGAAAGACGGCUCUCGAGCUCAGAGGGGGCCACGGAGUUCCGUCCCAGAGCGAGCGGUGCACUCUCCACAGCACGACCGCCUCUCCGCGCGCCAGCCGCCCCCGCCCCCUCACGAUGGAGAGAAGGAAGGACGCCUCAGCAGCCGCCGCCGCCACCGACCCCGAGCUCUCCGAGCGCUCCAUGCAGUCCACCGGAGAUCAGCGAGACAAGCCGGCGAGCAGAGACUGCCGCAGCCCGGAUGCCUUUCCCCUCGUGCGUUGCGGGGAUGCGCGCGGGACCGGCAAGCCGUAUGCCAUGUCCGACCUGCCCAACAAAGAAGGCAGCGGCAGCGGCUCGGACCCGGAGUCCGACUUCUACGAGGAGAUAGAUGUGAGCUGCACCCCGGAGAGCAUGGACUACCCCAGCGGACCAGGAUGUGAUAAGGAGUCUCCAGGCCUGGGGAAGGAGGGCGGCGCGGACGGUGGGAAGAUGACCACGAGCCCCGGUGCACUGUCCUACGGGCCAGAUCAAAUGCGGCGAUACCGGACCGCCUUCACGAGGGAGCAGAUUGCACGACUAGAGAAGGAGUUCUACCGGGAGAACUACGUGUCCCGGCCGCGCAGGUGUGAACUGGCGGCCGCACUUAACCUGCCAGAGACGACUAUUAAGGUUUGGUUCCAGAACAGGCGCAUGAAGGACAAGCGACAGCGUCUGGCCAUGACAUGGCCCCACCCGGCGGACCCCGCCUUCUACACGUACAUGCUAAGCCACGCUGCGGCGACGGCAGGCGGCCUCCACUACCCGUUCCCGUCGCACCUCCCCCUGCCCUACUACCCAACGCCGGGAAGCGCUCCGUUGAUCGCAGGGCCCGCUGCGGCGCGCUCGCUGGACGGCUUGCGCGUACUGUCAUCGCACCACCCGUACCCACGUCCCGAGCUGCUGUGCGCUUUCCGACACCCGUCAUUGUACGCGGGGGCGGCACACGCGCACACGCACGCUCUGGGGCCCGGCGGGAGUCCGUGCUCGUGCCUCGCGUGCCAGUCCAGCGGGGUUCCGCCCCCUCCACCGCCACCUCCACAGCAGCCCAGGUCAGCGAGCACGGACUUCUCCAGAGCCGAGAGCUUCAUCACCUUCACGCCGGCCGUGCUCACCAAGCCCACCCCCGUCCCUCUGGACCAGAGAGAGGAAGUGCAGCUGACCAGAUAAAAGAAGCCAAUAGCCACGCGGACUUGCUCGAGCAACCAGCCAGUCAGCCAGCCCACCCGCCCGCAUGAACAACAACCCGAAUUCUCCACGAGUGGCCUGCUGAGAAAAACACAAGCAACACUUCCCGCAGUCACGACGUCACGAGGAACUACUGCAAUGAUGUCAUACAGUAGAUGGCACACGACAGAACAA